CUCUUCUGCUACUGUAGUCACCGCAUUUGAGUUAUUGUGUUGCAUAGUUUUAUUCCUAAGCAAAUAUAUUUGUGUUUCUUUGAUAUUAUAGACUAACUGAAACUUGUUCCACCCAACCGAUUUUCUUUGGGGGAAACCCGUCAUGCUUUGCUUUAAGGACCAUCAUUAACAUUUUUGUGUGGAAUACCCGAUAAUACGUCAUUUAAGCAUCCGUUUGAAGUUUGAUUAUUUUCAUAACCUCAAAAAGUCUUACUUGCACAAAAAUUGUUGCGUGUCAACUGAUACGCAAUCUUGCUUUGUCACGUUUCUCAAUGAAAACGGGAAAUAUGACAGUUGUUUUUGUGUUUCGUAUCCCAAUCUGUCACGAGGGAUGAAGUCUGUGGGUGCGUUUUUCUUCGACGCUCUUUCAUAGUUUAUAAAGAAAGAUAGGAGUUAUCGUUUUUCAUGUCGUUUCCAGGAAAGCGCUUUAAACCUGCCAGACCUGCUGUCACGCAACCCAAGAUGAGCGCGUUUUAUUUUCGAUGGAUUUUAAUUUCAGCACUUUGGAUUGAAGGGAGUGAGAUGAUCACAAAUCUCAGAUCAUAUACCAUCAGUGCUGGUCUUGCAUUUAAGCUUGAAUGCAAUGAAGACCAUGAAAUGCAGAAUGUGAGCAUGAGCUGGAGUAUUGUUCCAAACAUCAGCGGAAUAAACAUUCAUGGAAACGCGCUAUGGUUUCUACCUGCUGACCUCUCCCACAGCGCAUCCUACUCCUGUCUCAGCAGAAAAGGCAAUGAAACCUGGGAAACAAAAUUUGACGUCUCCGUUGAGAAUAAAACAUGCCCCUGUGUGAACAGAAAAGACGAAUUAAAGAGCACAAAGGACAUCACUUGUUUGCUUCCUCACAUCUUUGAGAUAGACCCUCAGGCUCAAGUGACCUGGAGAAAUAACUGCCACCCACUCAACGUGACAAACAGUAAGGUUUUGGCGAUAAACAGAUCCCCAGACAUGGUUGGAAAAUAUACGUGCUUUGUGAGCUUUACUUUUAGAGGGAAAAAUUACUCCGCUGCCCAGACUACAGAAAUCUACAGUCACCCUGAGGAUUACGUGGUGACAAAGCCUGAAAUCAUCUAUCCAAAAGAAUAUGAACAAAAAGUAACACUUGGUGAAAGUUACACAGUGAACUGCAAAGCUCUUCUUGGGAAGAACAACAAAGAAGAAGAAACCUUUAUUUACUGGUUUAGUGACUCUGGAACUCUUGAUCUAAACUUCAGCUGCAGCACUGUGAAUGAGGGUGCCCAGAAGUAUUUUCUGUCUGUUUUAUACAUCCCAGAAGUCACAGAAGAUUAUUUAUACACUAAUCUCACCUGUCUGGUUCAACAUCCAGCAGGUUCGGAUGUUGUAAACGUAAUUCUUAUUCCAGCGAGUCAGUAUGAGCGUUAUUACUGGAUCGGUCUUGGUCUGGUGGCUCUGCUCAUAUUACUGUGUGCCGUUGCGUUUCUCUUUAGAGUCGAUCUGGUUCUGGCUUACAGGGCUGUUUGCUCGUCUGCUGCCAUAAGCAGUGAUGGCAAGUCGUACGAUGCGUAUGUGUGUUACCUCCAUGGUGAUCAGCACAGCUCAACUUCUGCAGUGACAUUUGCAUUGGAUUUCCUUCCUGCGAUGCUGGAGGAUCUUUAUGGUUACAAACUCUUCAUCAGUGGUCGUGAUGAACUUCCUGGGGAAGCGGUGCAUGAUGUCAUUGCUGACAGAAUGAGCCGAAGCAGAAGGCUGAUCAUUGUUCUUACAUCACAGAGCUGUGUGUCGCCUCAAACCGACGCCACCAAGAGCCUUUUACCAGAUAAACUCCCCAUAUCAGACCGUGAUGUGCAACUGAAAGCAACAAACACUUCCUUUGACCAAAUAUGGGCCAAUUACGAGCAGCGGGUGGGUCUGUAUGACGCUUUAGUGAAGCAGGGUUUGAAAGUCAUCCUGGUGCAGGUGGAGGACGGGGUUGAAGAGGCUCUGCUGCCCGAAUCUUUGCGUUACAUCAGCCGCACUAAAGGUAUCCUCAAAUGGAGGCAGAACGCCAGUAAUCGGGGGAACAGAAGCUUCUGGAAACACAUGCGCUAUCAAAUGCCUCCAGCGAAGCGGCGGAAGAGCCAAGAGCUAACGUUGCUUUGAGAUCUCUUUGACUCCAGAACACUCUACACAAGUACAUGAACUUGUUAUGAAGUGUGUAUAGAUUACAUGACUCUAUGUGCAACAAGAAUGCACACUUAGGGGCCGUUCACACAGAACGCGUUUUUACAUUACAACGUGCUACUUUUCCAUUGUUUUUCUAUGUAAACGCGAUAUGACUGUUGAGCUCUGCAUUUUCAAGUUUCAACUUUUACACGCAGCGCCGCUCAUCAAUUUCAGUUCCAAAACAGUGGACCAAUCAGAAGACCCCGGAGGCGGGGCGAGCUUUGUAAGGUUUUGUUUACAGUAGCAAGUUGCCAUGGCGACUGUUUUAUUUGACGGAACAUGGCCGAGGAGGAAUUCUGUGCUACGCUUUUUAAAGUCCCCAUGAAAUCAAAAUUGAAGUUUUUUGGCUUUUAGUAUGAAUAUGUUAGCCUUUACGUUAUCGCUAAGCUAGUGUGCUCCAAAACAUUGACAAAAUUUGCAUUUACAAGAUAUAACCAUUCAAAACUUGCAGUCUCUCACUUCCGCCAAUAUGGAUCAACGCUUUUGCCCUGCAAUUCAGCUUCCCAUCAAACUUUCUGUCCAAUCAAAUGCUAGAAUCCGAAGCAUACCACCACCUAUAAACAGACGCUGAAGCUGCAGCUGAAAUCAGUCACUUAUUCAAAGAUUUUGUAUUUUCUGUACGGUGAAUGGGAAUAGAGAAGAAUUCAGAUGGUGUAAAUUGAAUUUGAAUUAUACAUAAUGUUAUAUUUUAUAGCAAUAUGGAUGAGAUUGUGACUGUCAUACACUGUCAAAUGCGGCUUUACCGAGCUCAACGGCUCUAGCCCAAGCUGUGAUAUAAACGAACGCUAUUGGGUAUUUUAAAAAGGGGGCGGGGCUACUUGAUAUAUCCCGCCCUGUCUUCCUGUUUCAGUUAAAAUGACGUCAACACUUAGAAUAAUACUGCGUGUUUCAAAGCACGUCAGUAGACCUUUAAAACCAUUCCUGAGCACUGUGUCUUGCGUUUUUAGAUGCAAAAACGCGUUCUGUGUGAAUGGCCCUUUAUUAUGUGAGCUUACGAUGCAUGAGUUUGCGUAUUUGAGUAGAGAAGGUUUCUUGUGUUUAUGUGAAGAAACUUUGCCAAGUAUCUUGUAACUGUGAUGAAAAAUUACAAAAGACAGACAGGUGAAGCAAGUUGGCUAUACAAAUAGAAUAAAUGUAUAUAGAAGUGUGUUUUUUUUCAAUAGAACUCUAUUUUUUUAAAUAAAUUUCCUCAAUUGUUUUUAUAUUCUUUUGUUAAUGCAGCAUGUUGAACUAUAGUGCAUAUGCAGUUGGGUAUUUUGUGUUUACUGUUGAGCCAGGAGUUUCUACUUUUUAUUUGUUUGUUUUUUAUUAUUUGUUAUGAGUUAUUAUUAUUCCUAUUUUUUCCAGAUUUAUUUAAUAUCUAAAAUAUUUCAAGCUUUUACAAGUGGCAUUGUGACUACAGUUCAUGUCAGAUAAAAUAUUGUUCAUAUUCUUUUUAGAAAAAACAAAUAAAAAAUAAAUAAAAACA